AUGAGAGCCGCUUUUCUUGGGCUUGUCUUUCCAGGGGCCGGAUAUCUAGCCAGCCCGAACAUAGCAAGUGCCUUAUUCUUCCUUCUUACGUGGCUAGCCAUUCCACCUUCACUUUUUGCCUGGUUUGGCGCAGGUGCCAUCGUUUUUCCAUUGUCUGUUUGGAUUAUUUCCAUCCCAGGCGCUUACUCUGUCGCUGGAGUCGCUUUCUGGGAGCCUGCAGGAAUAUUGGCCCCGGCUAUCGUCUUUACCGGAUUCCUUUUAGCAAACACAUACUCAGCGAAAGAACGAAUCAAAGCGUCUAAGAAACGGAUCGAUAGAAAUUGCUUCAUACCCCAUCAACUCGCACGACUCGAUAAAGUCACUGCCGAAACAGCCGUUCAAAAAGACAGCGAUGAGCUUGACUUGGAGGCCCUCAGGAAAUUACAAUUCCUUUUCGACCAGGCGUUUCAAAGCCUCGACGACUGGUCUGGAUUUACUCGAAUCGAUCAAUUCCAGACGGCUUCGCUGCGAUACCAAAUCUAUCAGAUGAUGUAUUGCCUCGGACUAUAUCAGUCAACCUACGCCCCCAAUGCUCAUGGUUACAUCAACGAAGCAUUUCGCAGAGUGAUAGAGAGGUCCUUAACACCAGAUGUCCUUAAUUUCUGGAAGUGGGAACGGCUUGCAGGGAAAUUCUCAUUCGACUCCGACCCUGUUCAGAAAGACAAUAUCAUGGUCACCGGCUUUCUUCUGCAGGGCGUCAUGCUCUACACGGCAAACACGGGCGAUAUGAGAUACACCAAGCCAGAUAGCUUGGGAUUUCGAAUCGAGGAGGGCGUGACCUACAAGUACGGUCUGCACGACCUACAAGCCACUCUCCUACGGCAAUGGUCAACAAAUCCUUACUGUCUGAUACCAUGCGAACCAAAUUGGAUCUACGUGAUGUGCAAUUUACAGGGAAUGGCCGGGGCUGUUGUGUAUGAUCGAGUCUUUGGCACGAAGUCCACAGAUAUUAUACUUCCUAUUUUUGAAGAGUCACUGAACACUAAUUUCACGGACUUUGAUGGCAGUGUCCUGCCCAUUCGGUCUGAACUGACAGGAUUCACCAUUCCUGGCCUUUGUGGUGCUUCUGGGGAUUUAGCGGCCACAAUCAUGUCCUCUGGGCCCUUGCGAAAUCUCUCCCGCCGCCUCUGGGCGAUUACACGCGAAGAGACCAUUCAGUUCAAUAAGGAAACUCGUGAAAUCACAUUGACAGGCCUACUUGGGGCGGAUGUGAUUGACCAGGGUAAUUACCAGAAGAAUGAGCUAGCUUUGCUACCAUACACGGCAUUAGCUGCGGCAGAACAUGGUGAUGAAGAGUUAAAAGAGGCGGCAUUACAAAAGAUCGAACAAGGCUGGGGCUACGUAACAGCGCCAUCGGGGGCUCAUAGCCUCGAUCUGUCCAAAGCAUCUACGUUGAUGAAUUAUGUCUGUUUGACAGCUACUUUAGUUCGACCGGGUGCCUAUCACAAAAUGAUCCAAAAGGGCCCAGCCAAGACUGCAUUGAACGGUCCGAUCCUUUCGGAAGUACCGUACCCUGGCGUACUUGUUGCAAAAGCCAUUUCAAACUCGUCCAGGGAUUUGGAACUUGUCCUGUAUCCAUCUGCGGACCCAGGCACCUUCAAGCUUGGUCUGUCUCGCUUGAAGCCAGGAAACGAGUAUAUCUAUGGAGAUAAGACGCAGGUAGCUGAUGAGCAAGGUAACUUAUCGAUCUUUAUCCUUAUUGAUGGAAGAACAUACUUGCAUAUCUAUCCAGUUAAUGAGUAG